AUGUUCUCUCGGACGGCUCUCUCGAGAGGUACCCAGCUGGCCGCUCGCGGGCAAGCUUCUAGCAAGCUCGCCCAGCGACGCGGCUACGCGGCCGCCGCCUCUGCCCCUUCCUCCUUCAUCUACGACACCACCGACGUGGCCGGCGUCAAGGUUGCGACUCGCGAUUCCCACGGCCCGACCACCAAGCUGGCCAUCGUCGCCAAAGCCGGAACGAGAUACCAGCCCGCACCCGGCCUGACCGCUGCUCUGGAGGAGUUUGCCUUCAAGAACACCGAGAAGCGAUCCGCCCUGCGCAUAACCAGAGAGAGCGAGCUGCUCGGAGGCCAAUUGACCGCAUACCACACCCGGGAAGCCCUCGUCCUCGAGGCCAGCUUCCUGCGCGAGGACAUCCCCUACUUCACCGAGCUGCUGGCUGAGGUCAUCUCGCAGACCAAGUACACCACCUACGAGUUCAACGAGGAUGUCGAGCGAGUCCUCCAGAUCAAGCAGGCCAGGCUGGCAGCCAACGUCGCCGCUCUUGCCCUCGACUCCGCCCACUCGGUCGCCUUCCACACUGGUCUCGGUGCUCCCCUAUACCCCUCUCCCUCCACACCCUUGAAGGGCUACGUGGAUGAGCACAAGGUUGCCUCCUUCGCCGAGUCCGUGUACGCCAAGUCCAACAUCGCAUUGGUUGGUGAUGGUGCAACCACCACCGCCCUGUCGAAGUGGACCGAGCAGUUCUUCAAGUCCGUCCCGGCCUCCGCUGGCUCCGUGAACUCGGCAUCUACGACUUACUACGGUGGUGAAUCGCGCACUGCCCACAAGGGUGGAAACUCUCUGGUCAUUGCUUUCCCUGGUUCCAGCUUCGGCACCUUCAAGCCUGAGGUCGCCGUUCUGUCCGCUCUGCUUGGUGGCCAGUCCAACGUCAAGUGGGCUCCCGGCUUCACCCUGCUGUCCAAGAUUGCCGCUGCCAACCCGGGCGCCGUCGCUUCUGCCACCAACCUCGCCUACUCCGAUGCUGGUCUGUUCACCAUCCAGAUUUCCGGUGCCGCGGGUGCCGUUCGCGCCACGUCCCAGGAGGCCGUCAAGGCCCUGAAGGCUAUUGCUGAGGGUACCGUCAGCAAGGAGGAUUUGACCAAGGCUGUUGCCAAGGCCAAGUUCGAUGCUCUGGCUGGAAGCGAAUCCGGCAUCAACACCCUCCUGGCGGCUGGCUCUGGACUGGUUCACACCGGCAAGCCCUUCCAGAUUGCUGAGACCAUCACGAGCAUCGAGGGCGUCACCGCAGACAAGCUGAAGGCUGCUGCAAAGGCUCUUGUCGACGGAAAGGCUUCCGUUGCCGCCGUCGGUGACUUACACGCUUUGCCGUAUGCUGAGGAGCUUGGUCUUAAGGUAUAG